AUGGACGGUGAUCCGGCUGUUGACCCGGGGCUUGACUCCUUCAGCUUAGCUUUUCCUUUGCCUUACCGUGUUGGCUUUAUUGCGACUUUGGCUGUCUGGGGAUGGGGGCUAAAUCUUCAUUGUCUCUAUCUUUUCAACGUCGACGUUCCACAGUUGAUUCGAUAUCCGGGUCGAGCAUCGCCGCAACAUAUUCCGCACCAUGGCUCGACGUACCGCCUCGCUAUUGCACUUUCGGCGUUAUUCGCAUUAUCUGUGUCGCUCUUUUGGGUUUGCACAUGGGGCAUACCUGAGCGUGUCGUUGCUUUCGGGUGGAUGCCGUUGACAUAUCUCACUGCUUUGAUUGCUAUGUUCAUUGUUCCAUUGAGGAAUCUGCCCAGCGGAGGAAGAAGAAGAUUCUUGGCAACUUUGCGACGCGUGAGCUUGGGCGGGCUUGCUGAGCCGCAGGACGGCAAGUUUGGGGAUAUUCUGUUGGCGGAUGUGUUGACAUCAUAUGCCAAGGUUUUUGGAGAUCUCUUCAUUACUCUAUGCAUGUUCUUCUCGGCGGAAGGUUCGUCUACGCAGCGACCUGAUCGCAACUGUGGAGGAACAGUGCUCGUACCAUUUAUUAUGGGAGUGCCGAGCUUAAUACGAUUUCGCCAGUGCUUGAUCGAGUACUUUCGAGUUCGGCGAGCCCCAUACAAGGAGUCCACGGGAUGGGGUGGCCAGCACCUGGCCAACGCUCUCAAAUAUUCGACUGCAUUCCCCGUGCUCAUUACCAGUGCUUGGCAAAGGUCGGCAGAAGACCCCGACUCCAAAGCAGCUCUUCACAAAGCUUGGCUUGUUGCUGUACUCAUCAACUCUCUGUACUCUUUCUAUUGGGAUGUGGCCAAGGAUUGGGACAUGACCCUUUUUUCUCCGAAGCAAGAUCGUGAAUCACCCACUCAUCCUUUCGGGCUGCGAGAUCGUCUUGUUUUUAGGUAUCCUAACCUGUACUAUCUAGUGAUCGGCAUGGAUCUGAUGUUGAGAUGCACAUGGUCCAUGAAGCUCAAUGGACGUCUCGAUAGGUUCAGCGAUCUAGAGGGAGGCAUCUUUUUGAUUGAAUUCCUCGAAGUGUUCCGUCGAUGGGUAUGGAUCUUCUUCCGUGUCGAGACAGAAUGGUUGAGAAACAACUCUUCAGGCCUUGGAGUCGACGAUAUCCUACUUGGAGAUUACCAAGGCAAAGAUAAUGAGGACGAUUAA